AUGGCUUCCGCACAGCAUGUGUUCGACAUUCCCAAACUACUCGAGAUCAUCAUCUGUCAAGUAGACGCUCCACAGAUCCACGAUCUCAAACUCGUCAAUCGCAGCUGGCGCGACAUGAUCUCCACCUCCAAAGCUGUCCGCCGCGCCCAAGUCGUCAAUAGCUACCACAACCGAUACUGGAAGCCAAGCAAAGAGCCCGAUAAGAUGACCCGACACGAGUUAAUGGAGGAGUUUGUUCAAGCGAUGUGCCACGCUCGUAACAUCGUGGCGACUUAUAGCUGGGCUGAUUGGGUUCGAGUCAACCCUGCGCUGCCCAGAGUCCACUGCACGAAAGUCGGUAAAGACGUUGAGCUGACUAUUCGGUUGCCGACGCCCGCCCAAGUCAGGAGUCUGCAGAGCAUGAACGAAUUCGUGACUCAUCCUCCGUGUAUGCAUGUGACACUCGUCGGGCAGUGCUGGGAAGAGGGCCAGUGGCUGGUAGUCACCAUGCCCCCCGUCUGCUGCUCUGUAUGGAGACCUGAGGGUGUCAGAAUUCGCGAUCUAUUGGAGAUACGAGACCAGGUCGAGCAAGUGCAGGGUGGGCAGCCACGGGGUAACGAAGAGAUCGUGGCUACUCUCAUGAUUUACACGCACGGCUCUAAGCCUCGGGACGUUGAGGAAGAGAGGGUUCGCAAGAUGUACUAUGAGAGUCCUCUUCCCCGCUACAGGAAGGUGACGCAUGGUCUUGAUGGCAAGGGAGUUGCGGCGUGGCGGAAGGAUGAGGGGAUGUAUUGGGAUCCUGGGAUGGAGGCAGUUGACGCGCACCAGAUCCGCGAGCUCAAACUCGUCAACAAGAGCUGGCGCGAUGCCAUCAUCUCUUCUAAAGCCAUUGGUCGUGCACCUCUGGUCGACAGCUAUGAAGCUGUUGACGUCUCCGACGAAGACCUCGAGCGCAUGAAAGAUGAUAUUCCUGCCAUCUGGACACACGACACCCUACUCAAUGUGCACUACUCUACCCCUGCAUAUGAUUGGUUCGAGUGGAUCCGGAUCAACCCUGGUCUGACCAAGGUCUACGCCUGGAAAUGGCAUUGGAGAUCUCUCGAUGACUCAGCCGCCUUCAAGCUCACGAUUCGCCUGCCAUCAACAAUGGAAUCGAGUACUCUUGAUUGCCUUGAGGAAUAUCUCACUGAUCCGCCAUGCAUGACAGUUGCUGUGGCUGCAUUCGGCUGGCAAGACAGUACAUGGGCAGUUCCAAGUUGCUCAAGUACCUGUUGGGUAUACAGCGAGACAGGCCUGAAGGUAAAAGAUGUACUCGCUGUACGAGAUCAAGUCGACGCCACGCGCGGGCUAGCUGGGCAAAAAACCAUUGACAUGGAGGUCAUGGCUACCUUGCGCAUUGUAAGCGACGAGAUCGGGCCUCGAGACGCUAUAGACCGGAUGUUACUUGCGUCCUACUUUGAAGGGCCACUUCCUCGAUACAGGAAGGCAACGCAUCAGCUCGAUGAAGCAGGAGUUGCGGCAUACAACAAGGACAAGGAGAUGCAAUGGGAGCCAGACAUGGACACGGAUGGAAGCACUGAGUGA